GUGAGCACCUUAUGAGCGUCGGACCAAUCAAAACUCAGAAAAAUAGGAUGGUAUAUAAAUGACGUCAUGUCGGUUUAAAAAAAAAUACAAGAAACCUAAGGCUCUUUAAAAUCCUAUUGGAACCGAUCGUCCUCUUCAACGGGCAGCAAUGUCAGCCAGCAACGACGACGGCGAUGAUCGUCUCGGCCAGUUCAAAAACAAAGCGAAAAGGGUCAAUGAGAUGAGACGAAGACGAGCGGAAGUCAAUGUGCAGUUACGGAAAGCAAAGAAGGAUGAUCACAUCCUAAAGAAGAGAAACGUCCAGAGCCUCCUGGAUGAGCCCACCUCUCCUCUCCAAGAGAAAGGUCCCAACGCACAGGAUGCUCAUCUCAAGAGAAUCUUAUCUAACGAUUGACUGCAUCAUUGCUGCCAACCUUAUCCCGAGGUUGGUCAGUUUUCUGGCUCUAUCGGAGUUCCCCCCCAUCCAAUUUGAGGCCGCUUGGACCCUGAACAACAUCGCCUCAUGUACCUCAGCGCAGACCUCCGCCGUAGUGGAGGGUGGGGCCAUCCCGGCAUUCAUCAGUCUGGUGGCGUCACCACACCCGCACAUCAGCGAGCAGGGCAUUUGGGCCCUGGGUAACAUCGCAGGUGAUGGACCCAACUUCAGAGACCUUGUGAUCAAUCACGGUGGUCUCAAUCCACUCCUGGCCUUGCUGGCUGUCCCCGACCUUAACAUGGUCCCUUCUUGCGUCGCCUGGACGCUGUCCAACUUGUGUCAGAACAAGAACCCGGGUCCUCCUCUGACGGCGGUGCAGCAGCUGCUUCCGGCCCUGGUGCGCCUCCUGCAACACAACGACCGGGAGAUUCUGGAGAACAUCUGCUGGGCCGUGUCCGACCUGACUGGCGCGUCCAAUGAGAGGAUCGGGUUGGUGGUGCAAGCCGGCCCGGUGCCCCUCCUGGUACCGCUGCUCGCCUGUGGGGAGCGCUCCAUCGUGGUAUGUGUGUCGUCCCACAGAAGAAGCUGCUACGUUAAAAGUCCGAUUCUGAAUUCAUGGCGGCGUUUGGCAAAGACUCCGGUCCUGCACUCACUUGGGAACAUUGUGACUGGGACAGACGAGCAGACGCAGUGUGUACUGAAUGCAGGCGCUCUGGCGAUGUUCCCCAGCCUGCUGCGUCACCAGAAGCCCAAUAUCCAGAAGAAAGCUGUCUGGACAGUGUCCAAUAUCACUGCUGGCAAAGACACCCAGAUCCAAGAGGUUAUCAAUGCUGGCCUGAGGCCAAUCCUUGUGGACAUCCUACAUCAGGGAGACUACAAUACUCAGACGGAGGCUGUGUGGGCAGUCACCAACUAGACCAGUGGUGGGACAGUGGAGCAAGUGGCCUUCCUGGUCCAGUGCGAGGUGCUGGCGCCUCUGCUCAACCUGCUGAAAGCCAAAGACAGCCAAAUCCUCUUGCUCAUCCUGGAUGCCAUCUGCAAUAUUCUACAGCAGGGGUCGGGAACCUAUGGCUCGCGAGCCAGAUGUGGCUCUUUUGAUGAUUGCAUAUGGCUCGCAGAUAAAACAAAAUAUUCUCACUUGUUUUAAUCCAUCCAUC